AUUACGUAUACGUAUGUAUGUAUGUAGUGAAGUGUUUCCUGGUCCAUAAACAGGCCUCUUUACAUUUGGAAAACAUAAAUAGACGUGAAUAGACGUAAUUAUGGCUAUCUGUGGUAUGAAUUCGAUGCGGAUAAUCGCCAAGAAUAUUUUCAGUCCAAUAACAUUAAUUUAAGCCAUUGGUUAUUGGUUAAAUUAGAUUUUUCGGGAGGGUAGAAAAGGGGUGAGAACAUUUCUGUCACAUUUCUGUUACCCGAAGGUCGCAUACGUAUAUGUAUGUAUAGAAUAGACGACUUGCAAGUUGUAACUUGUAAUGUAAAUACAUAAAUGAAUAGUGUUGGUUUAAAGCUGCAAAGAUUGAAACGUUUAGUUAAAAAAGUUGAAAUUACUGACAAUAUACAAUUAUAGUUUUGUAAGUCGAUUUAUUAUAUAAUGGCGGGGCUAGAGGGUUAUGAACCUGUCUACCGCGGUAAACCAACAAAGCCUUCGAGAAACGAAGAUAAUUUUCCUUACGCGUACGAACAAAAGGUUAUUCGCCCUUUGGACGUGCCAGUUCCACACCCUUUAGCCAAAGACAUACCUUCUGCCGAUGAUACUAUUUUGAAAAAGUAUGUGGACACCGGUUGCGGUCUGGUAACUUUAAUUACAGAAACGUUAUUAGUUCAUCCGUUUAUUGUCCUACGAAGACAAUGUCAAGUAAAUCCAGGAUCUACCAAGUACCACAUAAUACCGAUUACCUUGAUACCCGUUGUCGCACGGCUUCAUCAGACUCAAGGCAUAAAUACUCUGUGGAAAGGGAUCGGAUCGGUCUUACUUGUAAAUGGAAUGGUAUUAGCUAUCGAGGACUUCGUGUGUAAAAUUACAUUGUGGCCAAAGGAAAUGCCAUGCAGCAACUCGUUAAAAGCAUUCGGUCAACACAUUUUGCUUAAAUGUGUUUCGAUAGGUUUAACCACACCGUUCUACUCCGCGUCGUUAGUAGAAACGGUACAGUCCGAAAUUGCAUCGGAAAGCCCUGGAAUAUUGGAUGUUUUUAAAGACGGCGCUAUUCGCCUGGUAGAAGUGAGCAACAAGGGUAGACUAAUUCCUAUAUAUGCUCUUCUACCGCCGACUAUCGCAUACGGAGUUUCAAGAUAUCUUUUCACCACAACCGUUCACAGAAUUACCAGCUACAUUAUGCAGUGUAGGCAAAAACGUUCGCAAGAAUUAGGGGGUGCGUUCAGUAGAUCCCUGAUAUCCGAAGUGAUCCUAAACAUAGAACUACAAUCGAUCCUGGUCUCCAGAAUUAUGGCAGACGUAUUGUUUUAUCCAUGGGAAACUGUGAUUCAUAGAAUUCAUCUUCAGGGCACUCGUACUAUUAUCGAUAAUUUAGACACGGGCCGAAGCGUAACACCUUUAUUAACUGGAUAUAGUGGAGCACGGGAUUGUUAUAGUACAAUAAUUUCGACCGAAGGACCCCUCGGUUUGUACAAAGGGUUCGGGGCUCUUCUUUUACAAUCUGCUGUACAUUUGAUAAUAGUACGAGCAGUCAGUUGGAUUCUGACAGGAUUACGCACACCGUCGACGCCGAAACCAAAAUCGGUUCAGAAACCCUCUCAUCGAACACAUUAUUGAUACUGAACGUAUCUAUAAAUUGUAAAACUCUCCAUAGUACAAAGGAUGAGUAAACAAGAAUGCAUCAUAAACCAAAUUAUUUCCGAUUCAUUAUGGAUCUUUGUAAAUUUAUCUAAAAUAAAAUAGAUCAAAAUAAAUAGUCAAUCUUCGUAAAGUAUCAUAUCAUA